AUGGAGCCCACCGCCGGUGACUUACAGCUGGUGCCCAGGGCAACCAAGGACAUCCAGGCUACAGAUGCCGCAUGCUGCCGGGCAGCCCUCUCGGCCAUGGUGGCCACCAGCAUCGUCAUGGUCACCCUGGGAGUCCUCGUGGCCUCCCUCUCUACACAGGGUGUCAAUGUGGAGCACACAGCCGAGCUGCGAGGGAUCCGGUUUGCCCCCAGCUUGCAGCAGGAGACCUCAGACUAUUACCGCACACUGACGCCAACUCUGGAAACGCUGUUUGUCAGCAGCUUUCGGGAGACAGAGUUGGAGGCCAGCUGUGUGGGCUGCAGGGUGCUCAGUUACUGGGAGGGCAACGCCAGCAUCCUGGUGCGUUUUCGGCUGCACUUUAUGCAGCCGGCCCUGCGGACGCCGAGCCCAGGCCUGGAGGAGGAGCUGCUGCGGCGGGGACUCCGAGAGAGGCUGCAGGGCCGCGGCAUCCCCCUGGCCCCGUAUGGCACCAUCGUGUCUGCCCAGCUCACAGGCAACCAGAAGGGGCUGCUGACAGAAAGAGACUUAAAAUCAGGUCACUGUCCAGGGAAUGCCUUUUCCUGCGGGAACAGCCAGUGUGUGACAAAGGUGAACCCGGAGUGUGAUGACACAGCGGACUGCUCUGAUGGCUCCGAUGAGGCCUACUGUGACUGUGGUUUGCAGCCUGGCUGGAGGACAGCCGGCAGGAUUGUGGGCGGUGUGGAGGCAUCCCCGGGGGAGUUCCCAUGGCAAGUCAGCCUCCGAGAAAACAACGAACACUUCUGUGGGGCCGCCAUCAUUGGCGCCAGGUGGCUGGUGUCUGCUGCCCACUGCUUCAAUGAAUUCCAAGACCCCACCGAGUGGGUGGCUUACGCGGGCAGCACCUACCUCAGCGGCUCGGAGGCCAGCACGGUGCGGGCCCGAGUGGCCCGGAUCAUCACGCACCCCUUCUACAACUCUGACACGGCCGACUUCGACGUGGCGGUGCUCGAGCUGCGUGGCCCCCUGCCCUUCAGCAGGCACGUGCAGCCCGUGUGCCUCCCGGCCGCCGUGCAUGUCUUCCCGCCCAGGAAGAAGUGUCUGAUCUCGGGCUGGGGCUACCUCAAGGAGGAUUUCCUGGUCAAGCCGGAGAUGCUGCAGAAAGCCACCGUGGAGCUGCUGGACCAGGCCCUGUGCGCCAGCCUGUAUGGCCACUCGCUCACCGACAGGAUGCUGUGUGCCGGCUACCUGGAUGGGAAGGUGGAUUCCUGCCAGGGCGACUCGGGGGGCCCCCUGGUCUGCGAGGAGCCCUCCGGAAGGUUCUUCCUGGCCGGCAUCGUGAGCUGGGGAAUCGGCUGUGCAGAAGCCCGGCGUCCGGGGGUGUACGCUCGAGUGACCAGGCUGCGUGACUGGAUCCUGGAGGCCAUUGCCGCUGCGAGCAAGCCUCUGGCCCCCACGGCGGCUCCUGCCCCGGCCAUCCCCAGCACCGCCUGGCCCACCAACCCCCAGAGCCCGGUGGUCAACACACCCACCAGACCCACGCUGGCCCCCAGCGCCGUGCCUCUCGACUCAGCCACUGCUUCUAAGCCACAAGAGUGCGGGGCCAGGCCGGCGCUGGAGAAGCCCACCCGGAUCGUGGGCGGGUUCGGGGCCGCCUCCGGGGAGGUGCCCUGGCAGGUCAGCCUGAAGGAGGGUUCCCGGCACUUCUGUGGAGCCACCGUGGUGGGGGACCGCUGGCUGCUGUCUGCCGCCCACUGCUUCAACCACACAAAGGUGGAGCUGGUGCGGGCCCACCUGGGCACCGCGUCCCUCUCGGGCGUCGGCGGGAGCCCCGUGAAGAUGGGGCUCAGGCGGGCAGUGCUGCACCCCCAGUACAAUCCCAGCACCCUGGACUUCGACGUGGCCGUGCUGGAGCUGGCCAGGCCCCUGGUCUUCAACAAGUACGUGCAGCCUGUCUGCCUGCCCCUGGCCAUCCAGAAGUUCCCCGUGGGCCGCAAGUGCGUGAUCUCUGGAUGGGGCAACACGCAGGAGGGAAACGCCACCAAGCCUGACCUCCUGCAGCGGGCAUCCGUGGGCAUCAUAGACCAGAAGGCAUGCAGUGCCCUCUACAACUUCUCGCUCACGGACAGGAUGAUCUGUGCGGGGUUCCUGGAGGGCAAGGUUGACUCCUGCCAGGGUGACUCUGGGGGACCCCUGGCCUGCGAGGAGACGCCUGGCGUGUUCUAUCUGGCGGGGAUUGUGAGCUGGGGCAUCGGCUGUGCUCAGGCCAGGAAGCCAGGCGUGUACACCCGAAUCACCCGGCUGAAGGGCUGGAUCCUCGACAUCAUGUCCUCCCACUCCCUCUCCACGCCCCCGCCAUCCACCAUGAGGACGCCCACCAGCAGCCACCCUGCCAGGACGACGGCUGGCCUCACGGUCCCGGGGGUCGUGGCCAGCAGACCCACCCCCUGGGCCACCAGCAGGGUGACCAGCCAACCUGCCGACAGGACCACCACCGCCAUGACCACCACUACCAGGGGACAGACACCACUUCCACAUGCCACGGAGACCACCGUGGGCUCCCAGCUACCAGACUGCGGCCUGGCGCCGACAGCAGCGCUGACCAGGAUCGUGGGUGGCAGCGCCGCGGGCCGCGGGGAGUGGCCGUGGCAGGUGAGCCUGUGGCUGCGGCGGCGGGAGCACCGCUGCGGGGCCGUGCUGGUGGCCGAGAGGUGGCUGCUGUCGGCAGCGCACUGCUUUGACGUCUACGGGGACCCCAAGCAGUGGGCGGCCUUCCUGGGCACGCCGUUCCUGAGCGGCGCCGAGGGGCAGCUGGAGCGCGUGGCGCGCAUCCACAAACACCCCUUCUACAACCUCUACACGCUGGACUACGACGUGGCGCUGCUGGAGCUGGCGGGGCCCGUGCGCCGCAGCCGCCUUGUGCGGCCCAUCUGCCUGCCCGAGCCCGCGCCUCGGCCCCCCGACGGCGCGCGCUGCGUCAUCACCGGCUGGGGCUCCGUGCGCGAGGGAGGCUCGCUGGCGCGGCAGCUGCAGAAGGCGGCCGUGCGCCUCCUCAGCGAGCAGACGUGCCGCCGCUUCUACCCGGUGCAGAUCAGCAGCCGCAUGCUGUGCGCGGGCUCCCCGCAGGGCGGAGUAGACAGCUGCUCGGGUGACGCUGGGGGACCCCUGGCCUGCAGGGAGCCCUCUGGCCGGUGGGUGCUGACUGGGGUCACCAGCUGGGGUUACGGCUGUGGGCGACCCCAGUUCCCAGGCGUCUACACCCGGGUGGCUGCUGUGAGAGGUUGGAUCGGGCAGAACAUCCAAGAGUGACCGCCACACGGCUGCCCAGGCCUGGGACCAGCGACAUGAAGGUGGCAGGAACCAGCCGGCCACCCUUCCAGAGGAGGGGGUCCAGGUGGCAGGCAGGGGGUGGAGGGGCUGUGGGUAACUGGGGUGCAAUCUAACUGCAUAUUUUGUCCCAAUAAACACAGCCCCUCGUUUGCAGCCCACUGGCUCAGCCCUCCGUGUCACAGAAACGACAACUGCCCGCCCCUCAGCCAGGGCCCAGAGGUGGGAGGAAAGCUGGGGGUGGGGAGGCCUUCCCGGAGAGGGCCACCCCCAGCCUUGGGCAGCCUCACCUUCGAGGCUCCCUUUUAUGUGACCGACCUCCCUGUCACCUGGGAACCCAGGAGUGCUCGGGAAAGAAGGGGAGGGGGGUGCUGAGGCUCAGUCUCCACAGAGGCCCCUACAGGGGAGACGCACAGGGUUCUCUCCGCCACACUCAGCAUCUAUUUGUGUGACCCCAGGAGGUCACGGUUCAGAAGGGGUGUGGCCACAACUCCCAGGUCCAAACCCGGAUGCUAUGCCCAGGGCAUGAGGUUGAUCGCCCCGAGCGUGUUGCCAGAGCUGCUCCAGGUCUUUGCUCAAAGCUCUCCAGCCCAGACCCUUAGGAGCGUCCUUGCUCACGACCCUCCGACCCCCCACCUUUAGCGGGAGUGAACACAAUCUUUCUAAGUUAAGGGGUCCAGAGCUAUACACACACACACACACACACACACACGCACACAAAACAAAUGACAAAUGGAACCACUGGGACCAAGAUGGCGACAAAUCUGACCUCCAACAGACUGAGUCUGGUUAUACGCUGAUUUGACUACAUUAGCAUAUUAAAUGACACACCUACCGGCAGCCAGGACCAGAUUAAGGAUCAAAACAAGAUAAAAGGGGGGUGACCCCCCCCCCGCUCCCUCGAAAAAGCCCUGCCCCUCCCCCAGGAGACUACCGCAUAUGGCUCCCCAUCGUUAACCUCACUCCUCCUCCCUUCAGAAUUAAAUGCCCCUCGCCAGGUGGGCAAGAAGUUCGUCUGUGAGCUUAGCUCCCACUUCUCCAGUCUUUGGCCACUGAAUAAAGCUUGCGCAUCUCAGCUUCUGCUUCCUUAUUCACCGACUCCCAAAUGGAAAAAGGACCCCCCCCCCAUCCCGAGGCAGCGAGCCUUGGCCAGGCAAGCGGGGUCCAUACGAUUUAAUUUGGGAACAAAUUUUGGCGCCCAACGUGGGGCCCAUUCUGUCCUGUAACUCAGGGCUGAACUCACUGACCCGGGGCUGACAAGGCCAGCUAAAUAACUGGGCAGUCUGCCCCAAUUCUGAACCUCUGGGCCAGUGAGGACUACCGAAUUUAGUCUGAGAUCUAAAAGCAGCCAAGGAUCAAGUGGCGCGCUCCCCAGGUAAAGGCCCCCCGUGCAACUUAUCUACAGCAAGGACGCUUGCUACAGAUUGGGGCAGUGUCCAGGGGACACCUGACACGGGGUGGGCGCUGACCCCGCUCCGGCCGAGGUUUGGCUGUGAGGGCUGGCAAGUUAAGGGAAAGGAUCCUGGUCGUCUCGUUGGAGACAGACCUCAGUCUAGAGGACCGGACUGGGCAGCUGGUCAUCUAAACAGAGCCGACGCCCUGGCAAGGGGAGAGGCGAGAUCGCACCAUUGGUUGCCCGGUUGGACUAGUUCCCGGCAAGGGGCGUGGACUGGACAGGAAGCCCUCCAGAGGCCACGGCGUGGCAAGGACAUCUCCUUGUGUGUGAUGUGAGCCCUAGUCUCUGUUCUUGGCGCAGGGAAGCGUCAGGCUCUGACCUGUGUGGCCCUGCCUGUCCUAGUGCUCUUGGAAGUAGUACGUGCCUCAAACAUAGGUACAGGCUGAGCGCUUACAGGCCUCUAGGGCGCUCGCCGCCAAACAGACUCUCGUGAAAGGGUACGCUGGUCGUGGACCAGGGUAGGUGAGCACCAGGCCCGCUGCCGCCUGGAAGCACGCGGUAGAACGCUCAGCCCCACCGCUGCGGAGUCCCCACCUCUGCGGAGUCCCCACCUCUAGGCUCUACUCGGAAACCCAAGAGCACGUCUUGUGUUGGUUCCUCUUGCCCUAACUGGCCAUCCCGGGCAGGGUCCACGUCUCUCUCAGGCAGGUCUCUCCCCGCCACCCUCCAUCGCAGGUCCCUAGGAAUCCCUCCUCUGAGCCACAAACCCUUUAAAGAUCUUGUUUUUGCCAGAUUUCAGGAAAAUCACUUUGCCUGGCUGGGGAAGGAAGAGGACCUCCACAUUGUCCGAAGGCCUUGGGUCCUUGUAGCUGAGCGUAGAGAAAAUUGGAUACAUGCCAAAUGGGCAUUCGGCCUUCCUGCCUGUUUACCUGUCACCGAGCAGGGACACGCCCUCUUUGAACAGACCUCCUUGCCUGCCAGGGAGGCCCUGCGGGCAUUUCGCCUGAUUGGAGAGAGAACCCUUAUUUCCUACUCCGCCUUUACCCUAUAUCUCCAGGGACUGGUGGCUGAAAGCACCCACCUACACUGAGUAUCUCCUACAGCCCCACAAUGGGUCUGGCAAUGUCAAGUCGCUGAAUUAAAAGGGGACCUUAUAACCUAGGCCCUCUCAGACAGCGCCUCCCCUUCCAGGCCCCACGCAGACUGGUUCAGGUUUCAGUUAGAGCGCCGAGACCUCUCGGUGUGGGAUCCAUACCACUUAUCAACCCUGGGACUCCCUUCUCCCCACAGCACUUUUCAAAAUGCAAAUAGCGGACUUCCCUGGUGGUGCAGUGGUUAAGAAUCCGCCUGCCAAGGCAGGGGACACGGGUUCGAUCCCUGGUCCGGGGGGGAUCCCACAUGCCGCGGAGCAACUAAACCCGUGCGCCACAACUACCGAGCCUGCGCUCUAGAGCCCGCGAACCACAACUACUGAGCCCAUGCGCCACAACUACUGAAGCCCGCGCGCGUAGAGCCCAUGCUCUGCAACGAGAAGCCACCGCAAUGAGAAGCCCACUCGCCGCAACUAGAGAAAGCCCAGGCACAGCAACGAAGACCCAACACAACCAAAAAUAAGUAAAUAAAUUUAAAAAACCCCCAAAACGCGAGGUUACUUCUAAUCUCUCUCCUGGGUUUGGAGUCUCAGCCUGACGGUCCUCGUGACAUCCUCCCUCCACCAAGGGCAGCUACUCCCCCUUCUGACAGUUCACCUGAGACUCCUGAGUCAUCUACCCCUACCUCUCCUGGCUCCCUGAUGCCUCCUACUCCCCCCAAUCCACCAGCCCCUACCUGCUGCCCCCUCCCCGACUCUCCCACCUCCCUCUCUCCACACAGCUCCCUCGGGAACCAGUCCACUGCACACCCGUCGCCACGUUCAGUACCAGCCCUCUGGGAUCAGUGGGCCGUUCCCCCUUCAGGAGGUCCCCAAAGGAGGGGGCAGUCUGACCACAUGUAUGUACCCUUGCCUUCCCAGAUCUACAUAACUGGAAGGGUAGAUCCAAGGGUUUGAAGGAUACCCCGAGGGAGUCCUUCAUGUAGUCCAGGGAAUAUUCACACCCACUUCCCCACUUGGCAGCUGUCCACACCCUCCUGAACAUCUUAUUCUCCCGGGAAGAAAAGGCACCGAUUAUAAGUAAUGCAAGGGAGGAAGCUGAUGAGACCCAUCAAAAUAAUGCAGGACACGCUCUACACCAGCCUGGAAUCCAGGCCGUUCCCAGCACGGACGCUGGGUGGGGCUGCCGAGAGGAAAACAAACGGCCGGCAGCACCUCAUGCGUUUCAGGGGUGUGACUGUGAAGGGCAUUCAUUUGGUGAAGAAGAGACCCAUAAACGGGACAAGGGUUCAGGGAUCAUCCGGGGCGGAAGGGAGAGCCCCCCGGCUUUCCUGGAACGCCUCAGGAGUGCCGGCGUGUACACAGACGUGAGCCUGGGGUCAGGGGCAGGGCAGGCCGUUCUCAAGGCCCAUUCCACUUCCCAGAGCGCCCAGACACGAGGAGAAAAUGACAGAAGUCGGAGACAGGGCCCCCGGGCCCACUCGCCAGGGCUGGAGCCAGCAUUUCGGGGCUUCAACCACCGGGAUCCGCGGGCGGACGCCGAGGGAACAGACGAGCAAAAGGAGCUGCCAGCAUUCCAGCCGCCAGGACUCAGGGUCAGCCGGCCGCCCACUGAUGACGCCCCCCCACCCACCCCGAAGGGACCCCGGGACAUCGGUGAGUCGCCAGGGCUUUGAAGACCACACCCACAGUGGAGAGCAGGGCUCAAAGCCAAUCAGGCUGCACAGUGCCUGGUGCAGCGCCACCGGAAGGGGGGCCCCAAAGGCCUCGAAGGAAGCCAAGGGGACCACGGUGUCCUGGCCCAGCCUCGCGGUCCCACACAUGGAAGAGGAGGGCUGAAGGGGCCUCGGCUGACCCUGACCGUCGGGGGUAGAACGGCUGACAUUCUAGUCACACACGGGCUACCUACUCAGUCCUGAACACCCCACAAGGCAGGCUGGCCAAAGAAAACUGUACAAGGAUGGGAGUGGAAGGGGAGUCACAGGAAGGUAAUAGAGCUGAGCGUAGUUUGGAAGACAGAAUGUUCUCUCACUUUUCUACGUCCCGGAACGCCCAAUUCCUCUAAGAGCAAGAGACCGACUACACAGAUUGGCAGCUACGCUUUAUCUGAGACAAAAACCUUACCACUGAAACACCUAAGACCCCCUUCCGUUCUGGAGCCCUAGUGCUACUGCCCUCGGCCAAAAAUAAUGGCCCAGGGAUAUCCCUGGUGGCCCGGGGGUAAGGCUCCACGCUCCAAUGCGGAGGGCCUGGGUUCCAUCCCUGGUCGGGGAACUAAGAUCCCACGUGCCACGGGGCAACUGAGCCCGUGCGCCGCAACUACUGAGCCCAUGCGCCACCGUGAAAGAUCCCGCGUGCCGCAAGGAGGAUCCUGCGUGCCACAACUAAGACCCGGUGCAGCCAAAUAAAUAAAUUAAAUAAAUAAAUAUUUUUUUAAAUGGCCCAAUUAUCCUUAAGGGGGUUAAUCCCUCUGUACGGUCCUGCAACACUGUGGGCACCGCCGGUCCUAGUCAAGCUGCGACCCGACCACAAUCACCCAGAUAAAGAGCAACACCGCUUAAGGAAAGCAGCCCCGAGUGGGCUUCAAAGCCCACUCAAGCAAGGGCUUCUCAGACCCUGCCAGUGCCCUGGCAACCCUUCUAUUCUGCCAGUAAAGAAGCCGAAUGGGAGAUACCAGCUAGUUCAGGACCCCUGGGCCAUAAAUGAAGCUACGGAGGAGAUUCACCCUGUGGUGUGAAAGCCGUACACAUUACUCUACCCUAAACCCUGAGAGGACCUGGUACUCUGUUAGACUUAAGAGAUGCCUUCUUUGUGUGCCCCUAACCCCAAAAUCUCAUUAAGAUUUUGCAACCGAAAGGCAGGAACCCCGACAGCACGAGGAAACAACUGUGCUGGGUGGUUCUGCCCUGAAGAUCCUGGUGAGCUCGAAUUAGAACAGGGAACUAUACUUCAGCAUGCGGAUGACAUUCCCAUCACCAGCCCCACCAAAGAGCCUUCCGACUGUAACACAGCUAACGCCUUCAAUCAUCUGGCGGAGAGAGGACAGGAAGCUUCAAAGGAAAAAGCCCAGCUCCCCCUCCAGCGGGUAGAACACUUAAGAUUUAUAGUAGAAAAGGGGCACAGGGCGCCAUCUAAGGAGAGGAAAGGGCUGAUGUGCCAGACGGCAGGCACCCCUGGUGAGGGAAAGCAGCUCCGGGGUUUCCUGGGGAUGCCUGUAUAGGGAUUCCCAACUUUGGCUUAAUUGCUAAGCCCUUGUAUGAACAAUUAAAAGGGAAGAAUCUUGACUUCUGGAGUGGACCCCAGUCGUAAGUGGGCACUCCUGGAACUGAAAAGCCAUCUCGUGAGAGCCACCCCCCGCUUCCCCGCGACCUGAGCCGUCCCCUCCAUCUACAUGUACCUGAGAGCAGGAACUGCCCCGGGGGAGCUUUCACAAAACCGGGACCUCUGACUCGGGGUCGUAGCUAAAGGGUGUCCCCCGUGCUUACGGGCUGGAGCUGGUACUUCUCAGCUCUUCAGAGAGGCUGACAAAUUAACCUUUGGACAGGCCCUGACCAUCUGGUACUCCCACCACCUCCAGCCCCUCAUAACCCUGCCAAGUCCAAGCCGCACUUCUAGACAACACGUCUGUGACUGAGGCCCUGUAAUGUCCUCACCCUGCCCGCCUGCUACCUCAGCCAGGUCCCAGAUUAACCCGUGGUCGUGAGAAAGCUAUGGAACAGGGUUACCCCCGUCGGCCUGACCUGAAGAGCUCCCCUAGACAGAAUGCAGACUCAGAGGGGUUCACCCACGGGAGGAGCUUUAUGAAAGAUGGGACACGAAAGGCAGGACGUGGUGGCCCAGGUGGUUUCCAUCGCUCGAGGGGUGGAGGCUAAAGCUCUGCCCUCUGGCCGCUCUGCUCAGAGGGCCCCGUUAACUGCCUGGAUUAACUGUCCUAAUCAGGGCACUAGAGCCAGGGAAAGGAAAGCUGUCACUACCUACACGCUCAUGGGGCCAUGUGGAGGGGGAGGGGAACGCUGACCUCAGGGAACAAACAGAUUAAGAAUGAGGGAGAUGGGCUUCCCUGGUGGUGCAGUGGUUGAGAGUCCGCCUGCUGAUGCAGGGGACACGGGUUCGUGCCCCGGUCCGGGAAGAUCCCACAUGCCGCGGAGCGGCUGGGCCCGGGGGCCG